AUGACGUUGACGUCCUCCCAUGUCCGUCGGCAGCUGUCCCGUUCUCUAUCUGAUGCGUCGCAGAACACGAUAUCCGAAAUCGAAUACCGGAACAACGUCGAGUUAAAGAAGCCAGUCGUUACGCCUCCAGGAGGCGCCAUGCCUUUGUUACCAGGACUCGACGGCAGAUCAAGUCCUAGGAGUCCUGCCUCGUCUACAUUCAAGGAUGCUCACCCUAUUGCGAUCUGCCUCGAUGAUCUUCCCUUCGACGACGAGGACCAGUCGCCAGCAACGUCGUGGUAUGAAGAUCCUCAUCUCGUGUCCAUCGUUUGCUUGUGUGAGGACGAGGGUGAGAUAGUGUGGGUGAAGGACGUGGACGUCUGGACGACGAGUGACGACAAUUUCAGGCACAUUCGAUGUGCAGUGGACACCAUUAUCGACGCAAAGCCAAUCGAGCCAUCUUCACAUGCGUCGUCCAUUGUCAGUGGGGGUGUCAGGAAGACGAAUGGAACCGCCCAUACAACUAAUGGGGACAGAGCUAACAGCGCACCAAUCAAAGCGAGCCCUACGCAUUCCACCCAUAAUAGCACCAGCACGUCGUCCAAACAGGCCGAUACUACGGAAUGUAUUCCUUUCAUCGGGAUAUAUCUUUCUCAGCUGACAGAGUAUUCUCAUCAGCCCGAUUUGAUUGACCCUGGCACGUCUCCCACCACACCUGCUUCCAUCGACUUGGUCACAUACAGUUACGAUACGCUCUCUCACCCUGAAGUAUUCAGCGCGCUGCAGCCAUUACCGGCUGGGAUACAGAUGGAGCCGUUGAUUAAUGUGCACAAGCAGCAGAUGCGGGCGAAGGUGGUGGUGGUGGUGGUGUUACCGGCGCCAGGUCCCAAUAAGGAACGGCCGGGUCCACAGCCCUGA